AUGGCGUUUUGGUGGCCUCUGGUUGUUGUCGCUUUCGCCUUCGCGAUCUGCAAAUUACUCCUCAUGCUCAUACCUUCCAAUGUACCUUCGAUCGACGUCGACAUCUCUGAUGUCGUGGAUGAUGGGAAUCAAAUGAAGGAAAACAGCUUCAUCUAUAUACCUUCGCGGAGACAGACAGAUAAAGUCCAAUGCUAUGAACCUGCAACAAUGAAAUACCUGGGCUUUUUUCCUGCAUUGAAACCAGAUGAGGUUAAGGAGCGUGUUUCACAGGCGAGGAAGGCUCAGAAGGUGUGGGCAAAAAGUAGCUUCAAACAAAGGCGCCAGUUCCUGAGGAUACUUCUAAAGUACAUCAUCGAACACCAGGAGCUUAUAUGCGAGGUUUCAUCGCGCGACACUGGAAAGACCAUGGUUGAUGCGUCUUUUGGAGAAAUUAUGACAACGUGUGAGAAAAUCACCUGGCUUCUUUCUGAGGGUGAAAAGUGGCUGAAACCCGAAUACAGAUCAUGUGGAAGAUCAAUGCUUCACAAGACAGCCAGGGUGGAAUUUCAUCCGCUUGGUGUAAUUGGAGCCAUUGUUUCAUGGAACUAUCCAUUUCACAACAUAUUUAACCCAAUGUUGGCUGCAGUAUUCUCAGGGAACAGUAUUGUGAUUAAGGUUUCAGAACAUGCGAGUUGGUCAGGAUGUUUCUAUUUCCGUAUAAUACAAGCCGCCCUUGCUGCUGUUGGAGCACCAGAAAAUCUGGUUGAGGUCAUAACAGGGUUUGCUGAGACAGGAGAAACCUUGGUGUCUUCAGUUGACAAAAUGAUUUUUGUUGGGUCACCUGGUGUAGGGAAAAUGAUAAUGAGGAAAGCUGCGGAUACAUUGAUACCGGUUACUCUUGAGCUCGGUGGGAAAGAUGCCUUUAUUGUCUGUGAAGAUGUUGAUGUGCCGCAUGUCGCACAAAUUGCUGUAAGGGGUGCUCUGCAAUCAAGUGGACAAAAUUGUGCUGGUGCUGAGAGGUUCUAUGUUCACAAGGACAUCUAUACCUCAUUUGUUGCUGAAGUUGUCAGAAUUGUAAAAUCUGUUACUGCUGGUCCUCCACUCAUUGGGAAAUACGACAUGGGAGCAAUAUGCAUGCAAGAGCACUCUGAGAAGCUCCAGAGUCUGGUAAAUGAUGCACUAAACAAAGGAGCUGAAAUUGUUGGCCGAGGGAGUGUUGGGAAUAUUGGUGAAGGAGCCGUCGAUCAGUACUUCCCUCCCACUGUAAUUGUGAACGUCAACCACAGCAUGAAAUUGAUGCAAGACGAGGCCUUCGGACCAAUUAUGCCCAUCAUGAAAUUCAGUACUGAUGAAGAGGCCGUCAAACUGGCAAACGACUCGAAGUAUGGGCUCGGGUGUGCUGUAUUUUCAGGCAGCCAGAAGCGGGCCAGAGAAAUAGCUUGUCAGUUACACUGUGGCAUUGCUGCUGUUAAUGAUUUUGCAGCAAGCUACAUGUGUCAGUCUCUUCCAUUUGGUGGUGUAAAAGACAGUGGAUUUGGAAGGUUUGCUGGCAUUGAGGGGUUGCGAGCUUGCUGUCUUGUAAAAUCCGUGGUGGAGGACCGGUGGUGGCCAUUUGUCAGGACUAAGAUCCCUAAGCCUAUUCAGUACCCCAUCUCGGAAAACGGUUUUGAAUUCCAAAAAUCACUUGUGGAAGCACUGUACGGGCUGAACUUGCGGGACCGUGUGCGGGCAUUGGUGGAUGUUUUGAAGAUGCUUUCCGAACCAAGUGCUUCCAAGACCAGUAAGAGAAAGGACUAA